CUCUGUAGAAAUUGACGACUAGCAUCAACUGGCACAAUAAAUUUAAUUCGAAAAAAUUAGGUUUUAUCAAGCACCAGUACGAAUUAGAAAGUUCCAUAAACACCAAUACAAGCCAAUCAGGAGCAUGGCACUACACUUGCACUAUAUGCAUGAACACAUCGGCUGCUGAUUGCCUUUUAGCCACCUAGUCUUCUUGGUGGGUUUAUCUAGUGUGCGCAUUAUAUACACUCCCCGGAUCCAUACAACCUCAUCGCAUAUCUUGAAACUAGACCAUCUAUUCCAACCUACGCCAUGAGACAAAAGAGAGCUAAAGCUUACAAGAAGCAGAUGGUGGUUUACCUCCAUACCUUCAAAUUCAGAGAACCAUAUCAAACCAUUGUGGAUGCAGAACUUGUGUUGACUUGCACCAAUGCCUCUUUUGAAAUAGACAAAGGUUUGAACAGAACUGUCCAGGGAGAAACCAAACCUAUGAUCACCCAGUGCUGCAUGCAAGCCUUGUACGAUAGCAAGAACCAGCGAGCUAUUGACGUGGCCAAGACCUUUGAGAGAAGAAAAUGUAACCAUCGUGAAGCCAUUAAUCCAGAUAAGUGCAUAGAGUCUAUCACCAGCAUAGACGGAGAAAACAAGCAUAGAUACAUCAUAGCCUCGCAAAGCAUCGAUCUAAGAAGGUUGUUGCGUAAGAUCCCCGGUGUUCCAUUGA